AUUCUGUACUCUGCCAAACCAAACACUGUCUCUCACCGAUGGCGGCGUCGCGAAUCAUAGCCCAUCCUCAUCCCCAUUCACUCCGUCAAUCUCCGCCGUCAGAACCCGUCAUUUCCCUCAACCUCUUACCCCUCCCUAAACGGUACCGUAACCUCACCGUUCGCGCUCACAAUCACGAUCUCACCAGCAAACCCCACUCCGUUGAACUUCGAACCACCCCCGACGACGUCGUUUCACGAGAUCCACUCGCUCUUCCGCGGCCUUUAUCCUCCACUCAGUUCUCUGGUUCAGUUUCCGAUGGUUCUCGUCUUCGUGUUGCAUAUCAGGGGGUUCGUGGUGCUUACAGUGAGUCAGCUGCACAGAAGGCAUACCCAAAUUGUGAAGCUGUUCCUUGUGAACAAUUUGAUACUGCUUUUGAAGCAGUUGAAAGGUGGCUUGUGGACAGAGCAGUUUUGCCAAUUGAGAAUUCUUUAGGAGGGAGCAUCCACAGAAAUUAUGACCUUUUACUCCGGCACAGCUUACAUAUAGUAGGAGAAGUAAAAUAUGCAGUCCAUCAUUGCUUGAUGUCUAACCACGGUGUUAAACUUGAGGAUUUGAAGCGGGUUCUUAGUCAUCCACAGGCUCUUGCACAAUGUGAAAACACACUGACGAGGUUGGGAUUGGUCAGAGAAGCAGUUGAUGAUACAGCCGGUGCUGCAAAGCAUGUUGCCUUCCACCAACUACUAGAUGCAGGAGCAGUUGCUAGUUCUGCUGCUGCAACGAUCUAUGGCUUGAAUAUACUUGCUGAAGAUAUUCAGGAUGAUAGCGAUAAUGUUACUAGAUUUUUAAUGUUAGCACGAGAACCUAUAAUUCCAGGCACAGAUAGACCAUUUAAGACAAGCAUAGUAUUUUCUUUAGAAGAGGGUCCUGGGAUACUCUUCAAGGCCCUUGCUGUUUUUGCUUUGCGUCAUAUCAACCUUACAAAGAUUGAGAGUCGUCCUUUGCGGAAUCAACCACUACGAGCAUCAGAUGAUAGCAACAAUGGGUGUUCCAAGUACUUUGAUUAUCUUUUCUAUGUUGAUUUUGAAGCGUCAAUGGCUGAUCAGAGUGCACAAAAUGCCCUAAGGCAUCUAAAGGAGUUUGCUACAUUCUUGCGAGUGCUUGGGAGCUAUCCUGUGGACACUAGCAUGGCGUAAACAAUCUCUGAAAGAGGACUCCCAGUGUAGUUAAUGUUGUGUGCAGCUAAGUUGUUCCAGUUGUCAAAUCAUGUUAAUGGAUAGAGAGAGUUUGCAUUGCUUCAAUAUAUAUGAACAGAAAAUAUAGUCUGAUGUACAAGCUUCUUAAAAUUUUGAUGGGUUUCCGCCGCCCUUAAUAUCUGUUCUUACAGCUAGUAUUUAACACACUGAAUCUAAAUGUUGAUUCAAAUUUUUAUUCUCAAUUGUCUUCGCUACCGAAGU